AAAUAUAUACCUUUGAUAGGUUCAGCUUUCAGUUCUCAUCCAUCCCCAGCUAUGCUAAACAUGGCUCACUCUUUCGUUGGCUUCUUUUUGUUCUUUGCUCUCUUGGUUGGCCAUGGAGUUGUGGAACUUGAGGCUUCACACCAUGUUUACAAGAACCUUCAAACUGACCAAUCUACUGCAUCUGCAAAUCAGCCUUACAGAACUGGCUAUCAUUUUCAGCCUCCCAAGAAUUGGAUAAAUGAUCCUAAUGGACCUAUGGUUUACAAGGGACUUUACCACCUGUUCUACCAAUACAAUCCAAAAGGUGCUGUCUGGGGCAACAUUGUCUGGGCUCACUCUACAUCAAAAGAUCUUGUGAAUUGGACCCCCCAUGAUCCUGCCAUCUAUCCAUCCCAUCCAUCUGACGUCAAUGGUUGCUGGUCUGGUUCAGCCACAAUCCUCCCUGGUGGCAAGCCAGCUAUUCUGUAUACUGGAAUUGACCCCCAAGACAAGCAAGUCCAGAAUCUGGCCGUGCCCAGGAAUUUAUCCGACCCUUACCUCAGGGACUGGAUUAAGUCACCAAAAAAUCCUUUAAUGCAACCCACUGGUCAGAAUCAGAUUAAUGCAAGUUCAUUCAGAGAUCCAACCACAGCCUGGUUAGGCCCUGACAAGAAAUGGAGGGUGAUCAUUGGAAGCAAAAUUCAUCGCCAGGGCCUUGCUAUCCUUUACAAAAGCGAAGAUUUUGUCCACUGGAUUCAAGCCCAAAGCCCUCUGCAUUCUGCUAAGGACACUGGAAUGUGGGAAUGCCCUGACUUUUUCCCUGUUUCAGUUCGUGGCCAAAAUGGUGUUGAUACUUCUGUUAAUGGUCCUUUUGUCAAGCAUGUGCUUAAGGUCAGCUUAGAUGAUACCAAGCAUGAAUAUUAUACUCUUGGCUCAUAUGAUAUUGUCAAGGACAUCUAUACACCUGACAAGGGAUCUGUGGAGAGUGAUUCAGGCUUGAGAUAUGAUUAUGGCAAAUUUUAUGCUUCCAAGACUUUCUUUGACACUGACAAGCACCGGAGAAUCUUAUGGGGUUGGAUUAAUGAAUCAUCAAGUGUCCAUGAUGAUGUUAAGAAAGGAUGGGCAGGAGUUCAGGCAAUUCCUAGGAAACUUUGGCUGUCCAAAACUGGAAAACAAUUGGUACAAUGGCCAAUAGUAGAAAUACAGAAGCUACGUUCAAACCACAUGCGCUUGCCUAGCAAAUUGGUCAAGGGAGGAUCAGUAAUUGAACUUUCCGGUGUCACUGCUGCACAGGCAGAUGUUGAAAUCUCAUUUAAGGUAACUGACUUUGAGAAAGCUGAAGUGUUGAAACCAAGCUGGACCAACCCACAGCUCCUAUGCAGCCAAAAGGGUGCGUCAGUUGAAGGUGGUCUUGGUCCAUUCGGGUUGCUGGUUUUGGCUUCAGAGGGCCUAAAGGAGAACACGGCGGUGUUCUUCAGAAUAUUCAAAGGCCAGAACAAAUAUGUGGUGCUAAUGUGCAGCGACCAAAGCAGGUCCUCCCUAAACGAAGAUAACGACAAGACCACAUAUGGGGCUUUCCUGGAUGUGGACCCUAAGCAUCAAUACUUGUCAUUGAGGAGCUUGAUAGAUCAUUCCAUAGUGGAGAGCUUUGGUGGAGGUGGCAAAGCUUGCAUCACAGCUAGAGUUUAUCCCACCUUGGCAAUUAACAACGCUGCCCACUUGUACGUUUUCAAUAAUGGGAGUGAGGCCGUGAAGAUUGCAGAGUUGAAUGCUUGGAGCAUGAAGAAAGCCAAACUCAAUUUGAAAGAUUAGGUCAAAAGAUACGGAGGAUGAAGAUCUGAGAAUAGCAAACGACAUUUUAAUCAUGGAUUCAUUGUUGCAAAUAAAAAGAUAGCUAGAGAGAAACCCAUUUAUGUUAUCCCAAACAAACCAUUUCUACUUUUAACUAUAUAUAUAUAUAUAUGUUAUUCGCUUCAUAUUUUUAUUAUUACCCUUUUUUUUUUUGCUCAAUUUUUAUGAUUACCAUAUACUAUAUGCUAUAGAUUCAAUUAAGCUUUGUAUUUCAUCUCUUAGUAUAAUGAAGUAAAACUAAUAAUUCCACCGUA